AUGUCGGACAGGUACCAAGGCAGUGCAUUCCGCGGUGGCCGUUCUUCCUCGUAUCGGGACGAUCGGCGUUACGCUCCGCGUCAUCCACGCGACGACCACUACGACAGCCGUGCCGCCUACGAUGCGCGCGACCCGUACGCUUCUUCCUACUACCCUGAGCCACGGGGCUACCCUGAACGGCCUAGAAGGGUGCACAAGACCAUCCCGCCGCCGAGACCAUGGGACUAUUCAAGACGACCGCCGCCGAGAACCGACCAGGAGAGGAUGGAGCUGGAACGCGAGAGAGAGGCGUGGGAAGCCAAGGAGGAGGAGAGGUUUCAGCAGAGGAUGGCCGAGAGGGAGAGGGAAAGGCAGAGGGAUUGGGAGCGGAGUGGUGGAGUGGGAGCAUAUGGGGCGGCGGAUGGAUGGGGCGGGAGAGAAAGGGAGGCUGAUGCGUAUGAAAGGAGGCAUGCCGAGAUGGGGAGGAGGCCGAGGUCGAGGAGUCCACCAGGUGCGGAUGCCAGGUAUGAGCAGAGAGGAGGGUGGGGGAGGACGGCCGUGGCUCAUCCGGAAGAGAGUGAGCGCGAUCUGGCUGGUGUCCCAGCCGAUCGUGUGGAUGCAGCCGCCGGUUAUGCCGUUCGACGAUCGCCGCCACCACCGGCAGGCCCAGCUUCACACCUUGACGCACCAGACGGACCUUCAGCACUGCGAUACCGUGACGCACCGAUCGAUCGCCCUCUCUCGCCACAAGGCACACCACGCGGCCCAGCACGCGACCCCGCCUUCGCAUCCACCCCGCCUACAGGCCCACGCGCUUCGCGAGGCGCCCCACCUGCUUACCCCUCGUCCGCAUUCCGUGGCCGCGACGCCUCGACCUCAAGCGGACCCUUCACCCCGACCUCUGACCGCGAGGGCAAUAGCUACAUGUCCCCAUCCACCGCUCGUUUCCCGCGCUCUGCCCGCGAUGGCGCCCCUCCGACCGGGCCGUACCGCGGCGGUCACCCGUUCAACCGCUCUCGUCGAGACACCAACCCGUACGACUAUCCUCCCGCCGAAGACGACGGGUAUCGCGCUCAUCCCGGUUCUUCACCGCACGAAUCGCCCUCGACGCCCGGCCCGCAUACCGCGACGCGUCUCUCGCGCACCUCCUCAUCCCAAGCGCCACCUACACCAACCACCCUCCUUCCCCCCGGCAACACCACCGCCCUCGCCUCACCCUCCACCCUCGCGCCCAGCACAACCACUCCGCGCUUCAGCUCGGCCACCCACCUCACCCCGGAUCUCGACAGCGAACUGCUAGCGCUCGAAACGCAACGCUCUACUUUCAUUGCGAACUACGUCCUGGGUGCCAAACGGGCCAGUUUGCGCGCGUUGAAGGUCGAAUUGCGCGAUGGGGAGUUGGAGCUCGCUGCUAGCAACGGCCGGCGGUCUGCUGCCGAAAGGGCACUGGAGAUUGCAAGGGAGACCGCGGAUAGCUAUAGUCUCGAGGAGAAUCGAAAGGAGGAGCUGAUGCGCGUGAUGAGCAUGCAGAUGGAAGGUGGGCAGGUCGCAUGA